GGCGGCGGCGGCGGCGGCGGCGGAGCCUUCGGGGGCGUGCGUGCAUGUGUGAGUGCGCGCCAGCCAGCGGGAGUGUGUGCGCCCCGGGCGCGGGCUGGGCGGCACUCGCACCGCGGCGGCAGCGGCGGGAGCCGGGCGGCCGCGUCGUCAUUCGGGCGGGAGAGGCGGCGGCGGCCGGGCCGGGCCGGGGCUGGGACAGCGGCGGCCGCGCCGGGCAUGGAGCUGGCAAGCCCGCGCUGAGGCAGGACGCGCCUGCUAGCAACCAGCGAGAAGCUCUCCGCCGUCCGGCGCGCGGGCUCCCCGGCCGGGGCCGGGCAAACUUUUCUUUCUCUUUUGCCCUCUCCUGAGGCGCUUUCUGCGGCGGGCGGACCGACUCCUCGGCGCGGCGGGGCCGGGGCAGGCUGGACGCAGCACGAUGCGCGCAGUGUGGGAGGCGCUGGCGGCGCUGGCGGCCGUGGCGUGCCUGGUGGGCGCGGUGCGCGGCGGGCCCGGGCUCAGCAUGUUCGCCGGCCAGGCGGCGCAGCCCGACCCCUGCUCGGACGAGAACGGCCACCCGCGCCGCUGCAUCCCGGACUUUGUCAACGCGGCCUUCGGCAAGGACGUGCGCGUGUCCAGCACCUGCGGCCGGCCCCCGGCGCGCUACUGCGUGGUGAGCGAGCGCGGCGAGGAGCGGCUGCGCUCCUGCCACCUCUGCAACGCGUCGGACCCCAAGAAGGCGCACCCGCCCGCCUUCCUCACGGAUCUCAACAACCCGCACAACCUGACGUGCUGGCAGUCGGAGAACUACCUGCAGUUCCCGCACAACGUCACGCUCACGCUGUCGCUCGGCAAGAAGUUCGAGGUGACCUACGUGAGCCUGCAGUUCUGCUCGCCCCGGCCCGAGUCCAUGGCCAUCUACAAGUCCAUGGACUACGGGCGCACGUGGGUGCCCUUUCAGUUCUACUCCACGCAGUGCCGCAAGAUGUACAACCGGCCGCACCGCGCGCCCAUCACCAAACAGAACGAGCAGGAGGCCGUGUGCACCGACUCGCACACCGACAUGCGCCCACUCUCGGGCGGCCUCAUCGCUUUCAGCACGCUGGAUGGGCGACCCUCGGCGCACGACUUCGACAACUCGCCGGUGCUGCAGGACUGGGUUACGGCCACCGACAUCCGCGUGGCUUUCAGCCGCCUGCACACGUUCGGCGACGAGAACGAGGACGACUCGGAGCUGGCGCGCGACUCGUACUUCUACGCCGUGUCCGACCUGCAGGUGGGCGGCCGCUGCAAGUGCAACGGCCACGCGGCCCGUUGCGUGCGCGACCGCGACGACAGCCUGGUGUGCGACUGCAGGCACAACACGGCCGGCCCGGAGUGUGACCGCUGCAAGCCCUUCCACUACGACCGGCCCUGGCAGCGCGCCACCGCCCGCGAGGCCAACGAGUGCGUGGCCUGUAACUGCAACCUGCAUGCCCGGCGGUGCCGUUUCAACAUGGAGCUUUACAAGCUGUCGGGGCGCAAGAGCGGGGGCGUCUGCCUCAACUGUCGCCACAACACAGCCGGCCGUCACUGCCACUACUGCAAGGAGGGCUACUACCGCGACCUGGGCAAGCCCAUCACCCACCGCAAGGCUUGCAAAGCCUGCGAUUGCCACCCCGUGGGCGCCGCUGGCAAGACGUGCAACCAGACCACGGGCCAGUGUCCCUGCAAGGACGGCGUGACCGGCAUUACCUGCAACCGCUGCGCCAAGGGCUACCAGCAGAGCCGCUCACCCAUCGCCCCCUGCAUAAAGAUCCCUGUGGCACCGCCGACCACUGCAGCCAGCAGCAUGGAGGAGCCCGAAGACUGUGAUUCCUACUGCAAGGCCUCCAAAGGGAAGCUGAAGAUCAACAUGAAAAAAUACUGCAAGAAGGACUAUGCUCUGCCCCAUGGGAGGGCCGCGCCGGCUCUGUGGUUUCUGAUCCCUGAGCUGGCUGGCAGCCUGGGCAGGCCGGACCUCACAGGACUCAGGGUCAAGGCUGACUUCAGGUCUGCCCUGAUCGAGUGCCUCCUGAGGGAACUGGGGCGAGUCCGGUUGCGUCUCUGA